CAUCAUUCGCUGCAGGACUACAGGGGAGGAGUUUUUUAGAGCCGAGUCACACCCCCUGCACUACAGCGCUCCGUCCUUAAAAAAACCACUAAGAGCGCACAGCCCGUCCGUCACCGCACACUGCGAGAAAAAUAUGAUCCCAACAAGAGCCGCUCCUGCGCUUCAACUCUUACGACAACCAUUUCACUGCAUUUAAUUGCUACUGAAAUCACAGUCCAUCGCCGAGUCUGGUCCUUGUUGAACUAUUUUCCUCUCCAUUCUCCCGCUCUCUGUUUUUUUUUUUUUUCUGCGCUGGAUCUUUCGUGCCAGAAAAUGUGUGUGGAGAGCGAUGGGUGCGAGAUUGAGGGCUGCAGCAGUUCGGAUGAGGUGCGCACGCUGUCGGGCAGCAUGAGUCCCGGACUGAAAUCCAACCCGGACCUUCACCCUUGCAAACCGGGGCAGAAAUUCCGCGCAGCGCUCCUCAGAUGCCGUUCACCGGCUGCUGCCGCCGGGAUCCUCAGUUUUGGGAACGUCCUGAAUUACAUGGAUAGAUACACUGUAGCCGGUGUUCUGCUUGACAUCCAGCGGCAUUACGGUGUAUCAGACAGUGGCAUCGGCUUGUUGCAAACAGUCUUCAUCUGCAGCUUCAUGGUGGCAGCUCCCAUCUUCGGUUACCUGGGCGACCGCUUCAACAGAAAGGUCAUCCUGAGCUGUGGCAUUUUCUUCUGGUCCAUUGUUACUCUGUCAAGCUCCUUCAUCAGCAAAGAGUACUACUGGCUGUUUGUGCUCUCCAGAGGACUGGUGGGUAUCGGAGAGUCCAGCUACUCCUCCAUCUCUCCCACCAUCAUAGGAGACCUGUUCACUAAUAACAGCCGCACCAUGAUGCUCUCUGUCUUCUACCUGGCCAUCCCUCUGGGAAGCGGGUUGGGUUACAUCCUGGGCUCCAGCGCCAAGGUGGCUGCAGGAGACUGGCACUGGGCACUGAGGGUGUCCCCAGUUUUAGGGAUCACUGCAGGAACUCUAAUCCUGGUCUUUGUGCCUGAGCCAAAGAGAGGCUGCGUUGACCAGAUGGGAGGACGCAUCAAGACCCGCACUUCCUGGCUCUGUGACAUGAAGGCACUGGCCAAGAAGAUCCCUCUGUACCUGGCCAGAGCCCAGGUGGUGCAGAAGACGGCAGAGCCCUGUACGAAAGAGAUCUGCAGUAGCACAGACAGCCUAAUCUUCGGGGCGAUCACCUGUGUGACGGGUCUUUUAGGCGUGGUCAUCGGGGCGGCCACCACACGCUUCUGCCGCCAGAAGACGGAGCGAGCUGACCCGCUCGUGUGCGCCGUCAGUAUGCUGGGCUCGGCCAUCUUCAUCUGCCUCAUCUUCGUGGUGGCCAAGAAGAGCAUCAUAGGAGCUUAUGUUUGCAUCUUUAUAGGAGAGACGCUACUUUUCCUGAACUGGGCCAUAACAGCAGACAUUUUAAUGUUUGUCGUUAUCCCCACUCGGAGAGCAACGGCGGUCGCCUUUCAGAGCUUCACCUCUCAUCUCCUGGGUGAUGCAGGAAGUCCAUACCUGAUAGGCCUGAUCUCCGACGCCCUUCAGCAGAGCUACGCUACAUCAGCGCUGUGGCGGUUCCUCAGUCUAGGCUAUGCCCUCAUGCUCUGUCCCUUUAUCAUCGUCCUGGGGGGCAUGUUUUUCCUGGCCACUGCACUGUUUUUCCUGGAUGACAGGGAGAAGGCUGAGAAACAGUUGAGCCAGCUGACGCGACCACCCUCCUCAGUCAAGGUGACAGCCAAAUGAGGAGCCAUCUGAAGGAGCAACCAAACUUAAUAAGGAUGACAAAAUGGAGAUAAAAAAAGCGAGGGCAGCAGAUCCACUUCUUUAAAACCACGCCCCAUGUUCUCUUCACCGUCAUCACUUCUGUGAUCAUCCUCCUCUUCUUCUUGGCUCCUGCUGCUCUUCCUUUUUACACGUUCUCCGAGGCUGCUCAGAACUUGAAUGAGGGAGCGUCUUGCUCCUCGUUGAAACGCCUCUAAAUCACAGGCCGGUAAGAAGGCGCACAGCAACAUGCUGAGGCCAGACGACCGACAGCUGGUGUCCUCCUCACCUCUGUCUGCCAGGAUCCACUGAACCUUCCAGGGAGGAGAUGGGGUGGCAAAAUCUCCCGUGACCCCUCCGACUCCCGAUGCCAUACUACUGAAUGCUGACCAUGAACCUGCCCUGUCUGUCUGCCUGUCUGUCCAAUGGUGUGUCUCUUACGUGUCUGUCUGUCUGUCUCUUACAUCGGCUGUCAAUCUGCACCAAGUGCCAUAUAUAGCGUCAUUACAUUCCUUCAGACUUUGCACUGACCACCAACAACCCUCAUGACAUUAUCACUGACUGUGUUUACAUGCACACUAUAAUUCAGCAUUUGGCUAUGAAAUUAGUUUGAUUAAGCUGUUUAUAUUUGCUAGACAAUAGAAGGAAGCAGUGUAAUUUUUAAACUGCAGCUCCAUUGGUGUCUCUGUUUUUUCUAUACAAUUUUUUCACAAUUCAUUCUGCCCUGGCCCUCAACGCUCAGAGCCUGUAAACAGAUAAUUCAAGUUAUGUGGAGCAAGGGAUGCAACUCGUUAAAAUGUGCUGCAGGAAUAUAACUGUCAAAGUGUUUAUCUGUUCAAACAAGCCUCCCAUAAUGUGACUAAUAUCAGAUUAUUCUGCACGUUAUUCACAGUAUUAACAACAUGAACUUCACAUGCAAAUGCAGUGUUUACAUGAUGGAUGCAGUAUUCUCAUGAUCGAUCAAAGUUUUGCUGUGCAUGUAAACAUAGCCAUCAACCAAGAGCCAAAAAGUGUUACUGUCUAAAGGUCAGUGAAUACGCCUUAAAAAUUGGAGCUUUCACAUCAACAGCUGUUUCUCUUGACCCCCCACAUGUGUUUUUAUUUUUAGCUUUUAGCACUUAAUUCAGCAUAGACCGUGCCAGAGAACAUGACAGAGGUGAGACAUUUCUGCACAUUAUUUUUCACAAGCUUUCUUGUGAUUUUUUAUUUUUUUUUCUGUGUGAUGUUUGAUUUGAAACUGGAGGUUACUGCCUAUGAUUGUUUCAGAAGGAUGAUGAUGCAAUCCGGACAAUUUAAAGUGGACACUGGACUAUGUAUUUUAUAAUUUAUAAUGUACAUGCUUUUCCCAAAAGUAAAUGAAAUGCUACUCUUUUGACUCUUAAGGAGUAACGCCUGCGGUUUUGUGUACACAAGAAGCAAUACGAACAUUUUUGAGGAAACCAACCUUUUUAUCCACACUGCCUUAUCAGUGAGCUCGUUUUCUCUUUAGAGGGGAAGCUCUCUGAUGGUGGGUUUUGAAUUUCUGGACACAACACCCACACAGAGACGGAGUCACUUCUUAAUGAUGGAUUCCAGUCCAGUCCACACUGGUUACAAUAACAGGCAUUGUGAAAAGAGACCCUCUCGCAAUUGUAGAUAUCCCAUUUCAUGAUUAGAAGAAAAGGACCUUUGAGGAGAGGUGGAGUCACAGUCAUCGGUUUAAUACUGAGGGAAAUCAAAAUCCCAGACAGGAACAGGAAAUUCUUGGGCCCAGGUUAGACUGAUUGCGAGCUCUUAUCGUUGAUAAAAGAUAAGCGAGGAAUCCCCGUUCGAAACCAGACCAGCACAUCCUCAGAUGUCACUGCAGGAGCUGAUAAACAGAUUUCCCUUCAAAAUCUGCACCAGAGUAUGACAUAGAGAUUUACAUAAGAAGAGAAGUACACAACAGACACAACCUGGAUUUGAUUCAUCGCUAUUUACAUUAAUUACAGUAUUUGCAAAUGUAAUGCAAAAGUUGCUUUUAUAUACAAAGAUUUAGGCAAACGUUUAAUUAGAAGCUAACUUGAAGGAUUUUUUUUUUAAGUAUAUUAUCUGGCGGAUACAAUUUUUGUGAAACCUUGAAGCCACUAGUGCAUAAAAGGAAAAAAAGCACUUUUGCAGACCUCCAAGAAAACACAGAAGGAGGAGGAGGAUGGAUUGACCUGAGCGGAGGAAUAAAGGGAGACGUUGAGGUGGUUCUUGUAGCAUUGAUGUGUGAGCGUGACUCACUGGCUGUGUGUGGGGUGCUGUGUGGGCUGUGUCCUUGUUGCCAGAUCAUUAGCUUUAGCUUCUCUCCAACUGCGUGGAGCUCUCUGAAUGUGAUUCUGUCCAACCUGACGUGUUUACACACCUACAUCUUCUUAAUGAACUAAGCUUCUUACCUUCCUUUUAUUGGUUUUAUUUUUGUUUUUAAUGUUACCAAAUUAUAGUUUUUUUUAAAUAACUACAAUAGAGAUAUAUAUAGCUAAAUCACGCAGUAACUUUAAUAUAUUGUAAAUGAUGGCUUGGAUGCAAUGUAUUUAUUUGUUUGUUACCAUAAUGAAGAAUUAUCUAUAAUGGGAAGUUUAAUGUUUGAGUAUACUACACUUUGUUGUAUGUCAUUGGGUUUAGAAAUGCCUGUUUAUUCAUUCUUUUGUAUCACAAUGAAACAACACAAUACCUUUCUACAUCACUAAGAUUCAUCCUGUUUACUGUGAUCAUGAAUUGGACAUCUCACACAUAUUACACACAAAAGGAACUGCAAUGUGAUGGUUUUAAGAAAACGUUUUGGUCUCAUGUCUAGGGUGCAAUACUUUUGCAUUCAUUUUUGUAGCUCUUGUAAAUGUUUUUCUUUGUUUUAAGGACAACUGAUCAAACCAUUUUGCACACUUAAUGUUCAGGGAUUUAUUUGACCCAUAGCCUAGCAUCAACUUCACACAGCCUCUGUUACAGGGGUCUGUCACUUCAUGCUCACAGUAAGUGCUGACAUAUUGUCAUCAUCAGAAGGGACGUUGGCUCCAGUCAGAUGGGUCAUGAAUUGAGUUUCACUUUGCCAAAUUUAGUUGAUUUAGCACCAAUCCUUUAGGAGUUUAAGUCUGUUGUAUUGAGUAAUUCUUUGUUAAUAAUCACUGAAGUGAUGUAUUGAGAAUGUGCUAUUUCUUGUCAUACAAGAAUCAUGUAUAAAGAAACCUUUUUCUGAUGUUGAGCAGAAAACAGAGGUUAUUUUUAUUUUUAGAGCAAGUCAAUACAAGAAAAGUGUCAGAGAAAUCAAAGGAUAUUAUUCUAGAACUGAACUGUGAUGCUCCCUUGGAGGGGUUGAUAGAAAAUGUACAUGUCUGUAAAUCAAAUAAACUUAUUUAAUCACUUCAUGCCA